GAAGAUGUGUCCCAAACCUUCCCACAUGAUCGGACAGCUGCACUGGAGAUUCCAGAUCUAACAUUAUAUCGCCAUCCUCUCGUCUGAAUCCGUUGAAAAGCGCAAUGACAACGCAGUUCAAGAGCGGACCCGCUUUCGGACUGUCUGCGGAGGUCAAGAGUAAGCUGGCCCACAAAUAUGACCCAAAUAAGGAGGAGGAGCUAAGAUCACCGCUGAUCCUCUGUUCCAAAUAUAAAGGGUUUCUGGUGCUGAACAUUGUUCCUUUGGAAUCAGUUGUGCAUACUUUCAGAUUUUCCAGUUUAUGUCAGUUAUUCUUGGUUUGGCCUUGUUCGUUGCAGCUGGAAAAUAUUGGUAAUUUCGUCCGAGCCAUUCAAGAGUAUGGACUGAGGCCACAUGAUAUAUUUGAGGCCAACGACCUGUUUGAGAACGUCAACCACACUCAGGUCCAGUGCACGCUUAUUACACUGGCUGGGAUGGCGAAGUCUAAAGGCUUCCAUUCUAAAUGCGACAUUGGAGUGAAAUACGCAGAGAAACAACAGCGCAAAUUUGCUCCUGAGAAACUAAAGGAGGGACGCAACAUUAUUGGUCUGCAGAUGGGCACCAAUAAGUUUGCCAGUCAAAAGGGCAUGACGUCUUAUGGCACACGGCGUCACCUCUAUGACCCUAAGACGGGGAUGGAGAGUCCUCUGGACCAAUCAACAAUCAGUUUGCAGAUGGGCACCAACAAAGGAGCUAGUCAGUCCGGCAUGACGGCCCCCGGCACCAAGCGCCAGAUCUUCGAUAAGAAGCUGGACAUGGAGAUGUGCGACACCUCUAUCGUCUCGCUGCAGAUGGGCACCAAUAAAGUGGCGUCCCAGACCGGCAUGACGGUGUACGGUCUGCCGCGUCAGGUGUAUGACAGCAAGUACUGCUCCAGCCCUAAUGACUACAUCAACAACGGCCAGGACUCAGAGAUGGAUGGAUAUCAGGAUUCCGACUAGGAUGGACAGACAGCUGCCAGCACACUGCUUUUUAAAAGUUCACCUGCACUCUUUUUGAUAUUCCAAAUUCAUGUUGACCAGUAGGAGCAGCUUGAACUGUUUCCUGACAUCACAGCCACCGAUCAAAGCUGAGAACCUUCGUAGAAAACAAGCUUUUCUACUUUUCUUUUUUUACAUACAGGCUUUUCCUGCUUCUCACUUUGUAGUUUUAAUAUGAUUAAGUUUUCAAUUUUAUUUUAUUGUUAUUUUGAGUGUGCAAUUCUCCCAUCUCCUGCAUGGCCAGAUUUUCUCAUAUGAAAAAAUAAUGCAGAUGAUAAAUAUGGAUAUAUUAUUUAUGAUGCCUCAUAGUUACAUAGGCACUACUGGUCAAAAGUUUAGAAUCAUUUGGAUUUCUUAAUGUGUAUUAAAAGCAGUCUCUUA